AGCUUGGUCACUUAACUCUGAGACUUACUAUUUUUUUUACUGCUAGAUAUCCCAACCUACAACAAUGUCAGAAACCGCACCUGCCGCGCCUCCUGCACCUACUGCGGAGAAGACUCCGGGGAAGAAGAAGGCCCGCAAGUCCACCGGUGCCGCCAAGCGCAAGGCGUCCGGGCCGCCGGUGUCCGAGCUCAUCACCAAGGCCGUGGCCGCCUCCAAGGAGCGCAGCGGCGUGUCCCUGGCCGCGCUCAAGAAGGCGCUGGCGGCCGCGGGCUACGACGUGGACAAGAACAACAGCCGCAUCAAGCUGGGUCUCAAGAGCCUGGUGAGCAAGGGCACCCUGGUGCAGACCAAGGGCACCGGCGCCUCGGGCUCCUUCAAGCUCAACAAGAAGGCGGCUUCCGGGGAGGCCAAGCCCAAAGCCAAGAAGGCGGGCGCGGCCAAGCCCAAGAAGGCUGCUGGGGCGGCCAAGAAGUCCAAGAAGGCCGCGGGAUCAGCCACCCCCAAGAAGAGCGUCAAGAAGACCCCGAAGAAGGCGAAGAAGCCGGCGUCGGUUGCCGGAGCCAAAAGGGCAAAGAGCCCGAAAAAGGCGAAAGCAGCCAAGCCCAAGAAGGUGCCGAAGAGUCCAGCGAAGGCCAAAGCGGCGAAAGCCAAGGCGACUAAACCAAAGGCGGCCAAACCCAAGAGGGCUACCUCCAAAAAGAAGUAAGGCUUACUUUAAGAUUAUCUGAGAAUGCAAAGGCUCUUUUCAGAGCCACCCACUUAAUCUGACAAAGAGCUUGUAGCAUCACUUUAACUGCACGGUAGUAAGAGGCCACAGAGGUGAGAAUGUUUAUAUUUUCCGCCAAUGCUUUGAGAUGUCAGAAUAGUAUAAUAGUGAGGAUGAGUUCCUCAAUCUAAUUCCCAGAAAAGGUGCUUGGGGAUACUAGCUUCCUGUACCAGCUUUUAACUCCGUGUUGUGCCCUUGAGAUCCAAGCAGAUUGUUUAUUCAUUAUAUGUGAGAAUUUGUAAAUAAAUGAGUAUAUAACA